GUUGAUCAUGGAGGGUGGGCCGUUUGGUCCCUCGGAUUUGCCAUCGCUGUAUUUGUCAUUGCGUGCCCAUGCGGAAUCGGCCUUGCGGCACCAACUGCUUUGUUCGUAGGCUCCGGGUUGGCGGCAAAGUUUGGUAUUCUGGCGAAAGGUGGCGGCGAGGCCUUUCAGGAGUCUGCAUGGUUGGACUGUAUUGUCUUUGAUAAAACUGGAACUUUGACUCAGGGUGGCGAACCGAAGGUUACAGAGGAAAGGAUACUCGUUGAGGGUGAUGAAGCUAGGAGGAUUGCGUAUGCCAUUGCACACAAGCUAGAGGGAGGAUCUGCGCAUCCACUCGCUGCGGCUGUGGUCGCACAUUGUGAUACGAAGGAGAUGGUUGACAUUUCAGUGGUGGAGACUGAGGAGACACCUGGGAAGGGUUUGAAUGGCGUAUUUAGGCUGCCGGAUGGUGACGUCUUCGAGGGAAUUAUUGGGAAUGAGCGGUUCAUGCAAGAGAGUGGUGUUGCUGACAUCGGGCUCUACACAAGCGUCUUAGAUGGUUGGAAACUGGCGGGCAAGAGUGUUGUCCUCCUAGCUAUCAAAAAGCGUGGCGCCACCGACAAGGGCACCUUUGAGCCGGAAUACAGACUGGCGGCCCUCUUCGGUGCUUCUGAUCCACUCCGCCCGGAAGCGCUGAAUGUUGUGUCGAGUCUACGGGAGAGCGGCAUAUCAAUUUGGAUGAUUUCGGGUGAUAACGAGAAGACCGCCGUCACGGUUGCUGCGAUGGUAGGAAUUCCAGCGGAGAAUGUAAUCGCGGGAGUACUUCCUACCGAAAAGGCAUGUGUCCUUCUCACAAGUUUUGCGGUUAUCCUGCUCAUGUGUUUCUAGGCUGAUAGAAUCACCAUUCUCCAAAACACUGCCCCUAAGCGGCCUCGCGCCCGCUGGCACCGUUUCUUCCACCAUAGGGACUCCCCAAAAUCCAAACGAGCAAUAGUGGCCAUGGUCGGUGAUGGAAUAAAUGACGCCCCUGCACUCUCAAUGGCAGACGUAGGCAUUGCCAUAGGCUCAGGCUCGGACGUAGCAAUCUCUAGCGCCAAAUUCAUCCUCGUCUCGUCUGACCUCCAAUCUCUGCUCACCCUGACUGAGCUUUCUAGAGCAGUAUUUAGGAGGGUCAAGUUUAAUUUCUUCUGGGCAUGCAUUUACAACUUGAUUGCUCUGCCCGUGGCAGCAGGGGUGCUGUACCCGGUAUCCCAACGGCGCAUCAGAUUAGACCCUGUAUGGGCUGCUUUGGCUAUGGCAUUUAGUUCGGUUAGCGUAGUGUGUAGUUCAUUGAUGCUGAAGACUAGAUGGUGGGGUGUUGGCUUUCGGCCUAAGCAGGAGAGGUAGAGGUAGUGGAGGGCUGGUAUUAUGUAUAAAGGUUGGGGAGAGGAGGAGGGUUAUGAAGUGUUUUUGCUUUUUUAUUUUUAUUGUUUUAUUUUCCAUUUUUUAUUGUUUGAUUGGUGUAGGGUGUUGUAGGUUUCGUUAUUUGAUGUGCAAUGCCGGUAUAGUGUGCUGAUAUAGCUCAUCGUCAUUGGCGCAUUUUACACCGCAACCUGCUAUUCAGUUUAUAUUAUAGAACCUGGAAAGCGAGAGGAUUUAUUCAUUGCGUGCGAUAUGCUCAAAUCCCGGGUGCCCGCCUGCAGAGGAUGGGUUGUGAGUGAACACGUGAAGCCAGAAACCUUCAGGGUAAGUAUCAUUCCUUCUGGACACCCGUACAAGUAUUUGGCGCUCACCUUGAGAUUUGUAACAAGCUUCCUUUCCGCUACUUUCCUGACCCUGCUUUUCACCUUCCUAAUCGGGAAGGUGGUUAGGGGCCAGAACACCAGACACCCCCUCACGAUCUUUCCCUCGCCUAACUUUCUUGGGGCUUCAUAUGGCUUGGGUACUCAACUUUCAUCGUUUGGGUAACGCAAAACACGUCCUUUCGCGCUGGGGCUUUGUCUUCUGGCCAGACUGGACUCUAAACGCUUCCUUCCUCCCUCCUGGGUUGGCAUCUCGCCUCUACACCCUGUGAGGUUUCGAAUUUCCCACCUACUUGGCCCUCUCCCCCAAGUAGGGACGCAAAAUACAGGUCGACACUAUGGCUGCGGGGUCGGUAUUGCACUGUCUCAGGUCUCGGUUGGGUCAGUUGGCUCGGAUGCACUCAAAGGGGGGGCUGGCACGACCUGGUCGAACGCCCCCCGACGCUACGAUUACACCAAAAGGUUCUCCCAUGUUAACCUUCCUGCUUUUCAAUGGCAGGGCCGGGAGAAAACUGUGGGACGAUGUCAUAUCAAGGAGGUUUCUUUUGUUUGGGUUUCUUUUAUGUUUCCUUUCUCAAGAGAAUACAGUGUGGGUUUUCUUGUCGCUUCCUGCCGGUGCUUUGGGGGUUGUGGCUUUGCGGUUAUGGGGCAGGGCUAUGGUUUUCUUAGUGCAGGAUGUGUGGUUGGUCCCAUACCAGAGGGACUUGGGGCGGCUUGUUUUUCCCUAGGCCUGUGGAGGAGGUUUUUGACCGACAUGCCGAAGAGGCCAAAACGGGGGUGUGGGGCGGUUAUUACAGAGGUGCCCUGGUGGAAGGAUCCAUGUUUUAGCUGGACUGCGCCUUUAAAGCGGAGGUUUGCACCUAUAUAAGCAAAUAAAUUCUAGGAUUUAACAAAAAAAAAAACCUUGAGAUUUGUAACUCCUCCGCGGAAUGGCCUGCACUAGACGAGUCCUAGAUUAAUUGGUG